UUUUCUUACAAUUUCACUUUAGAAACAACCCAUAAAAUCUCCAUCUCCACAUCCCACUCAGUUUUCUUCUUCUACCUUGCGUGCAAGUACUCCAACAAACUCGCUUUCCGAUUCCAAACUCAAAACUCAUCACAUGUUUCUCAAAUAACUAUAGAUCUUCUCAAACCCUAUUCUUUAAAUCUUCAACUUUCUUAUUCUUUUCAUGGAACCUCCUUGCUUCUGAUUUCAUUUUUUUUUAUGUUUGCUUGGUACGUCGUUUUGCUUCCAAACCCUAAACCUUACUUUAACCCCUAAAUUUUCUGUCUUCAACUAUUUUUCGCGCUUCUUUGAGUUUCUUCAUGAUUAGCUUCUAAUUCUGAAAUCAGAUUCUUUUUUGUUGUUGUUGUUGAUAGUUUUGUGACCUCCGUUUUCAUUUUUUAACAUCUCUUUUUGGUUUUGAAUCUGUUCAAAUGAAGAUCGUAGCUAGCAAAUCAUAUUUUCAAAAUCUAUAUUUUGUUUUUGUUGAAAUCAUGAUUCACGAAUGAAGGUGUUAAGCGAAAUUUUGUUGUAUAAUUUAAAUCAAUUUUCUGCCUCCAAUGGAUAAUUAUGAUUUUCUCUUAGUUUACAAAAUCCUAUUUUGAAACUUUAGCUACAUGUGUUAAUUAUCCUUUGACGGAAAAGUUUGGCAAAGAAAGAAGUUGUUUCCUAUUUUGAGAAUUUUGUUUAAGGCUAUGACAAAUCUAAGGCUUAAUUGGUUUAUUUUCUUGAUUUGGUUGCAUGGUCCCUCCUCGUUACUUCUGGAAAUUUCACUAGCUGUAGCUAAAAUAGUUGAGAUAAUUUAGUGCUUGAGUUUACACGCACAGUGGAUGUGAAUGAUGGAUGCUGUUGAGGUUGAAGAAAAUCUAUUUGCUGUUAGUGAUGCCAAGUUACAUGGACAAAUGUGCAAGGCUCUUUCUGUAAUUUAUUGCCAAGUAUUGUCAAUAUUUCCUUCUUUAGAAGCAGCUAGGCCUAGGAGUAAAACUGGAAUUCAAGCAUUAUGUUCAGUACAUGUAGCCUUGGAGAAAGCCAAAAAUGUUCUUCAUCAUUGCUCAGUAUGCAGUAAACUUUACCUGGCUGUAACUGGGGAUUCGGUUCUCCUAAAGUUCGAGAAGGCCAAAUGUGCUCUUGAAGACAGUCUUAGACGGGUGGAAGAUAUUGUUCCACAAUCCAUUGGAUGUCAGGUUCGGGAGAUUGUGAAUGAAUUUGCAAGUGUGGAAUUUGCACUUGACCCCUUAGAGAAGCAAGUUGGUGAUGAUUUAAUUGCAUUGCUCCAGCAGGGCAAAAAGUUUGACAACUAUAGCGAAUGUAAUGAGCUUGAAUCUUUUCACCAGGCUGCUACUAGACUUGUAAUCACAUCUUCAAGAGCAGCUCUUGCUGAAAGAAGAGCUCUGAAGAAACUUAUAGAAAGAGCUCGAGCUGAGGAAGACAAACGAAAGGAAUCAAUUGUUGCAUAUCUUUUGCAUCUUAUGAGGAAAUACUCCAAGUUAUUCAGAAAUGAGUUUUCAGACGACAAUGAUUCUCAGGGUUCCGCUCCUUGUUCUCCCACUGUUCAGGGAUCUACGGAGGAUGCUGUUCCUGUAAGUUAUAAUCAGGCUUUUGACAGACAGUUUUCAAAACUUAGUUCCUUUGGUUUCAAGCCAAAUAAUAAUAUGGAGCCGGGGCAGAUGGCUCUACCACCUGAAGAGUUAAGGUGUCCAAUAUCUCUGCAACUUAUGUAUGAUCCUGUUAUCAUUGCUUCUGGACAAACAUAUGAAAGGGUUUGCAUAGAGAAAUGGUUCGGUGAUGGGCAUGACAACUGUCCAAAGACCCAGCAGAAACUUCCACAUCUUUACUUGACUCCUAAUUACUGUGUUAAGGGUCUUGUUGCUAGCUGGUGUGAACAAAAUGGAAUUUCUAUUCCUGAAGGCCCUCCUGAAUCUCUUGAUCUUAACUACUGGAGAUUGGUAUUAUCAGAGUCUGAGUCCACAAAUUCAAGAUCUGUAAAUAGUGUGAGCUCUUGCAAAUUAAAGGGUGUCAAAGUGGUUCCUUUAGAAGAUGGUUGUAUCUCAGAGGAAUAUGGGGAAAAUGGAGCUGAAAGUGUAUCUGCACAAGAGGAAGACACUGAGCAGUAUCUUAGUUUUCUCAAAGUCUUGACCGAGGGGAACAAUUGGAAGAGGAAAUAUGAAGUAGUAGAACAGUUAAGGCUGUUGCUGAGAGAUGAUGAGGAAGCUAGGAUUUUAAUGGGGGGUAAUGAGUUUGUUGAAGCACUUGUUCAGUUUUUACAAUCAGCUGUCCAUGAAAGGAAUUUGAUGGCCCAGGAAAGUGGAGCAAUGGCUCUCUUCAACCUAUCUGUGAAUAACGACAGAAAUAAGGAGACUAUGUUAUCAGCUGGAGUUUUACCUUUGUUGGAGGAAAUGAUUACUAACACUAGUUCUUAUGGUUGUGCUACUGCUCUAUACGUGAAUCUCUCUUGCCUUGAAGAAGCCAAACCUCUGAUUGCCAUGAGUCAGGCUGUACAAUUCCUAAUCCAGCUCCUUCAAUCUGACUUUGACAUUCAAUGCAAGCAAGAUUCUCUCCAUGCUCUCUAUAAUCUUUCUACCGUGCCCUCCAAUAUUCCACACUUACUUUCAUCCGGCAUUGUUAAUGGUCUACAAUCCCUUCUUGUAGACCAGGUCGAUUGUACAUGGAUUGAGAAAUGCAUAGCUAUUUUGAUAAAUUUAACUACUUCUGAAGUUGGAAGGGAGGAAAUGGUAUCAACUCCUGGAUUCAUUAGCGCUUUGGCUUCAAUAUUGGACACCGAUGAGCUCCUUGUGCAGGAGCAAGCUGUCUAUUGUCUCCUAAUUUUGUGCAACAGUAGUGAGCAAUGUUCUGACAUGGUUCUUCAAGAAGGGGUUAUACCAGCGUUGGUAUCCAUAUCAGUGAAUGGGACCCCAAGAGGGAGAGAAAAAGCUCAGAAACUCUUGAUGCUGUUCCGACAGCAGCGACGAGAUGAUUCACCUGUUGAGGAACAUCAAUGUCCUCCUGAAACCAGUGAUUUGUCUAUGCCGCCUGCUGAAAUGAAACCUCCAUGUAAGUCUAUGUCUAGAAGAAAGACUGGGAAAGGUUUUAGCUUAUUCUGGAGAAGCAAAAGCUAUUCUGUGUACCAGUGUUGAAGUUCCUAAUGUUGUAAAUAUCUCUGUUUUGCCCCCUUGUUCUUCCUGUUUCUGUGGGUGUUGCUUACUUUUUGGUUUCCAAAGCGAAGAAGAGAUGUACAGGCCUGUGUAAUUUAUGGAUUUUGUUUUCUUCUCGCUUUUCUCUUUGUAAGUUGUAACAUCAAUAUCUCAAACACAAGUGUUAGAUUUUGCAUUUUUUAAGUUAAGGUAAAUGUGAAUUAUGUCAUUGGUGAAUUGAAGCUAACUAGUAUGUUCAGUAAA